CAAUACUGCUUCCUUCUUGCCCGCGGGACAAGAAAUCGAUCUGCAUAUUUUCCCCACUUUCCCUUUCUCCGACCACAUUCCAUUCUCUGCAUCAUAUCUCCGUUUUCCUUCUCCGGCACCGAGAUAUCAUCGAGCUAAAGUCACUCUACCCACUCCAGCUGCUCUCAGUCUAACCGAAGGUGCGUUCCGAUUACUCGAUCUUUUUUUCUCCUUCCAAACUGCCUCGCAUUAGCUUUUCUAGGGUUUCUCAUCUGCAAAUUUUAGUCUCUCUGCCCGCUAAUUAGAUUCGUCUUCCUAGAUAUGGCCGAACUCUCGCCUUUUAGAGGUACUGAAUCAUAUGAACUGUUGUUCGCUCGUUUGAAUUUGUAGAUCAUGAAGCUUGACACGACUGGUCUCGAGUCGGCUCUGCCGCUCUUCGGCACGAACUGCCAGAUGGUCGAUGGAUUCACCGCUGCUCCAGCUUUUGACCUUCCCACAACUCUUGACUUCGAUGGUUUCCAGAAGGAGGCUAUACAGAUGGUGAAGCCAGCAAAGGGCACGACCACGCUGGCUUUUAUCUUCAAGGAAGGUGUCAUGGUGGCUGCGGAUUCUCGAGCCAGCAUGGGAGGCUAUAUCUCUUCCCAAUCUGUGAAGAAGAUCAUUGAAAUCAAUCCUUACAUGCUUGGUACGAUGGCUGGUGGAGCUGCCGACUGCCAGUUCUGGCACAGAAAUCUUGGCAUUAAGUGCCGUCUGCAUGAGUUGGCAAAUAAGAGGAGGAUUUCGGUUACUGGGGCAUCGAAGCUCCUCGCCAACAUACUCUACUCUUACCGUGGAAUGGGUCUUUCUGUUGGGACCAUGAUUGCUGGAUGGGAUGAAACGGGUCCUGGUCUAUAUUACGUAGAUAGCGAAGGAGGAAGGCUGAAAGGACCAAGAUUCUCUGUUGGAUCUGGCUCCCCGUAUGCUUAUGGUGUGUUGGACAGUGGGUACAGGUAUGAUAUGUCAAUCGAAGAGGCUGCGGAGCUAGCUAGAAGAGCUAUAUACCAUGCAACAUUCCGUGAUGGAGCCAGUGGUGGAGUUGCCAGCGUUUAUCAUGUUGGGCCGAAUGGAUGGAAGAAGCUAUCUGGCGACGAUGUUGGUGAGUUGCACUACAAGUACUACCCAGUUACGCCCAGCACAGUGGAGCAGGAAAUGGUUGAAGUAUCUGGAGCAUGAGGUCCUGGGUUAUAUUAUGUAGAGCGGCUGAACUGGGUUUGUUUUUGCAUGCAUCCAUCUAGCUGAGAUAUUGUAAACUGUGCCAGCUGGGACAAAUCUUGUAUCAGAUUUACGGUUUUUUCCAAGCCAAUGCUAAGUGUUCCAGUUCCUUCUUGCCACAUUGCGAAAGAAAAUGAUUGAACUUGAUUGAAACAGCUUAUCUUCCUUCCUCUCUAGUUUCUCAUUGGCAGUCAAGUCGAUUGGGUUUGCCUCAACUUGUUGAGAUUUUUUUUGUUGGUCCAAGUCUCCAAGAUUCGAAUUUAGGGUGUGACAGUGUGGAUGAUGUCAGAACAACAUGGUUCUUAAAGGCCUGCCUAGGCGCUCGCCUAAGUGCAAUCCAGAAGAAAAACAUGUCGCUUUGGUAAAAAGUAGCGGUGAAGGCGUCAUGAUCACGUUGUAGUCUCGUUGGUGCCUACUCAGCAUUGGGUUGGGUCUCAAAAUGAUGUCAUAAUGUUUUCUUUCUACCUUUUGAUACGCUACUAGAGAGGACAAUCUUGAUUUCUCUAUAGUUAGGCUCGGAUAUAGUUAGAGACGACAUCUUAAAAGUAGUUUCUUCUUUCAUUUUUGCGCUUCUUCGUUCUUAAUGUGCUUCUCUAUUUUCGAACUUUUUCUUUCUUACUCAUUUCUCCACGCUAUGUUUUAUUUUUUACUAUGUGCUAUUGAUGAAAUUUUAGAAAUGAGAGAUCGAUGCGAUAAUAAUGGUUCAUAAACUUGUGAUUCUAGACAAGUGUGAGAUACUUUGCUAUGUUUACCUUUAACGUUUAGGCACGUAUAGGCGACGCCUAGGCAUGCUAGGCGCAAGGCAAAGCCUCAACGCUCACCUUACGCCUAGCGCUUUCUUGAACCUUGCUAUUAGGCCAUUCAGUUGAAUUUAGUUGUUGAGCAUUGAGUUAGUCUAGUUUGGUAUGUUUAUAUUUUGAUCCAACUCAUUACACAACUACCAUUGUACGUAGUCGUUUCUCUUGAACUUGAUUUAUAUAGUUAGUCAUGUUGCCUUGUCUGAGUUUUACAUAGAAAGUUUUGGGUUAAUACCUUAUUUUGGCACGAACUUUUCACAGAAUUACUAUUUUGGCCCAAACUAUUUGAAACUCCUAUCCUGGCACAGAGUAUACACCAUCUAUACAAUUUUGGGCUGAUGCGUUGGUUGACCGUCAAUUUGGACGGCCAAUGCGCCAGGUCGGUGCCAUGUCAGAAAAAAAAUCAAAUAAAUAAAUAUUUUGUUAAUUUAUUUUCUUUAACUUUAUUAAUUAAUUAAAAAAAAGGAAAAACACUCACCCCCCCCCCCCCCCUCUUAUAAAACAAAAAAGUCUCCCUCACCCCACAUAACCCUAUCGCUUCCCCAAUCCAUUCGUCCCCGAUCUGCCGCCACCAUCUGUCGUCGUCGCCUCGCCGUCUUCACCUCUCCCUACUCCGAACCCAAUUCUCUUACCUUUCUUUUCCUCUCUCGCGUUCUCUCUUCCUCUCCGACAAACCCCCUUCUAAAACAAUGUUGAGGCGUGUUGGAAAAAUAGGCGAUAAAGGUUCGGGCUCUUUGAGUUCAUCAAACGCAACUGUGAUAAGAUUUAAGGUCCACAAAGCUCCUUGUGUUAUGAAUACAUCUCGCACAUCCUUAAAUCCAGGAAGAACGUUUUUUUCUUGCCCGUUUUGGAUGGAUGAAAGCAAGAACUGGCAUUUUUCGCUGGGUUGAUGGUACAUCUGAAAGUGAUUCUAUGGUUUGAUGGAUUAAAGGAAGAGAAUGAGCAGCUGAAGUUAAAUUUAGCGCAUAUAGAGUCACUUUAAGGGCGUCUUCGUAGGGCAGAAGAGAAGGCGAAGAAGAGGAAACAAGAAAAGUUGGCGAUGAUU